CUUCUCUCUCUAUAAAUGAAACACAAGGCGGGUGUGGGAGGAGAGAGAGAAACACAGCAGUCUUUUAGAGCUCGAGCUCUGCAACAAUGGCGGGGCGUUCGCUUCUCUGUCUACUUUCCUUUCUAUUACUGAUCCAAAAUCCGCUUGCAAAGGUCUUAUUUGAAGAGAGAUUUGAUGAUGGAUGGGAGAAGCGAUGGGUGGUUUCAGACUGGAAGAAAGAUGAAAACAUGUCUGGACAGUGGAUACACACAUCUGGGAAAUGGACUGGAGAUCCUAAUGACAAGGGCAUCCAAACCAGUGAAGACUACAGGUUCUUUGCCAUCUCUGCAGAGUUUCCUGUGUUUAGUAACAAGGAUAAAACCUUGGUUUUUCAAUUCUCUGUGAAGCACGAGCAAAAGCUUGACUGUGGUGGGGGGUACAUGAAGCUCCUCAGUGAUGAUGUUGAUCAGAAGAAGUUUGGUGGUGAGACACCUUACAGCAUCAUGUUUGGACCAGAUAUUUGUGGGUACAGCACAAAGAAGGUUCAUGCUAUCCUCUCACGAAAUGGAACUAACCAUUUGAUCAAGAAGGAGGUUCCUUGCGAAACUGACCAGCUUACCCAUGCCUAUACUUUCAUCAUCCGCCCUGAUGCUACAUACAGCAUCCUUAUUGACAAUAAUGAGAAACAAACCGGGAGUCUUUACUCAGAUUGGGACAUUCUCCCACCUAAGAAGAUCAAGGACCCCGAGGCCAAAAAGCCAGAAGAUUGGGAUGACAAGGAGUACAUACCUGAUCCAGAAGAUAAGAAGCCAGAGGGCUAUGAUGACAUUCCCAAGGAGAUAGUGGAUUCAGAAGCACAGAAGCCUGAAGACUGGGAUGACGAGGAAGAUGGUGAAUGGAAAGCCCCAAUGAUCCCUAACCCUGAAUAUAAGGGACCAUGGAAGCCAAAGAAAAUAAAGAACCCCAACUACCAAGGAAAAUGGAAGGCACCCAUGAUUGACAAUCCAGAUUUCAAGGAUGAUCCUGAAAUCUAUGUCUACCCCAAUCUCAAAUAUGUUGCUAUUGAGUUGUGGCAGGUCAAGUCGGGAACCCUUUUCGACAAUGUUUUGGUAUGUGAUGAUCCCGAGUAUGCGAAGAAGUUGGUUGAGGAAACAUGGGGAAAGCAAAAAGAUGCUGAAAAAGCGGCUUUUGAUGAGGAAGAGAAGAGAAAGGAAGAAGAGGAAGCAAAGGCAGCUGAAGCUGAAGGAUCGGAUGAUGAGAAAGAGGAUGAUGCAGAUGCAGAUGCUGAUGCUGAUGACGAAGAAGAAGAGGCAAAACAUGAUGAAUUAUAGAAUGUUUGGCACUUUUGAAUCGUGCCGGACAAUUUUAGGAUAACUCUUAGCUAUUUUGAUUCUUGACAAAUGCUGUUUCUAAUAUUUCUCCCUCCAUGUAAAGUGGGAGACUGUGUAAGUUCUUAUCAUCAUGGGAUUUUGAGCUCCUUUGGACCAUAAGCAUCUUGAGCGUGCCCAAAUUGUUCUCUCUCUCUCUAGAAAUUGGGGCCUUUUAUCCGUUUUCCUC